AUACCCAAGCGGAACCAAACCCCGCUGUUGUCGCCUCCGUACUUCUCAACCCACCCUCGAGCUACACCAAAUGGCGGCAACCCCGGCUCCCCUCUCGCUCUCCGCCUCCGCGCUGUCCGCGCGCCUGCGCCUUGCGGCGCCGGCGUCGCGCGCGGCCUCGGCCCGGCGGCGCGGGCCGAUGGUGGUCCGCGCCAAGAUCCGGGAGAUCUUCAUGCCGGCGCUCAGCUCCACCAUGACGGAGGGGAAGAUCGUGUCCUGGUCCGCCGCCGAGGGCGACCGCGUCACCAAGGGCGACGCCGUCGUGGUCGUCGAGUCUGAUAAGGCCGACAUGGACGUCGAGACCUUCUACGACGGCAUCGUGGCGGCCGUCCUCGUCCCCGCGGGGGAGUCCGCCCCCGUCGGCGCCCCCAUCGCGCUGCUCGCCGAGUCCGAGGAGGACGUGGCGCUCGCCGUCGCCCAGGCCCAGGCGCUCUCCAGCGGACAGGCCCAGCAGGCUCCUCCUCCUUCUGAUGCCGACGCUCCGCCGCCCCCGUCCCCGCCUCCGGCGGCGGCAGCUCCCGCGCCGGUUGCAGCAGGGACGAAGGGUGUUGCCACGCCGCAGGCUAAGAAGCUGGCCAAGCAGCACAGGGUGGACCUUGCCAAGGUGACUGGCACCGGGCAGUUCGGCCGAAUUACGCCUGCUGAUGUUGAGGCGGCAGCCGGCAUCCAGCCAAAGCCCAAGGUUGCUCCUCCUACUGCUGCUGCACCUGUGGCUGCUCCUUCCGUGAGAGCUGUGCCACAGGCUUCGGUCCUUCCGCCGGUACCUGGUGCCACGGUGGUUCCAUUCACUGCAAUGCAGGCUGCAGUGAGCAAGAACAUGGUGGAGAGCCUGUCGGUGCCAGCAUUCCGUGUCGGGUACCCCAUUUUGACGGAUAAGCUCGAUGAGCUCUAUGAGAAGGUCAAGCCAAAGGGGGUGACUAUGACUGUACUGCUUGCAAAGGCCGCAGCUAUGGCGCUUGCACAGUAUCCUGUGGUGAACGCUAGCUGCAGGGAUGGUGCGAGCUUCACUUACAAUAGUUCUAUCAACAUUGCUGUGGCUGUCGCUAUUGAUGGUGGCCUCAUUACACCCGUUCUAGAGCAAGCUGAUAAGCUGGAUAUAUAUCUACUCUCACAAAAGUGGAAGGAAUUAGUCAAGAAGGCACGUGCAAAACAGCUACAGCCAAAUGAGUACAACUCUGGGACAUUUACAUUGUCCAACCUCGGUAUGUUUGGUGUAGAUAGAUUUGAUGCAAUUCUUCCACCUGGCCAGGGGGCUAUAAUGGCUGUUGGGGCCUCAAAACCGACAGUGACGGCUGAUAAAGAUGGUUUCUUUAGCGUCAAGAAUAAAAUGCUGGUCAAUGUCACUGCUGAUCACAGAAUUGUUUAUGGUGCUGAUUUGGCAGCAUUCCUGCAAACUUUUGCGAAAAUAAUUGAGGAUCCCGAGAGCCUAACUUUGUAAGAUUUUCUUGAACGUGGUAUAUGGACCGGUCAGUCAUUAGUUUGUUUCCAAUUGGAAGUCUAUUGCCGAGUUCGGUUUUGUAUCUUUGAGCACUCAAGGAGAUAUUUCCUUUGAGCUGUUUGUACUUUUUUUACUUUCUGGCAUUGGAUGCUGUUGGAGAGGUGUUACUCUGUUGAUCUUGUGGAAGUUUCGGAAAGCAAUAAGUUAUAAUUGCAGAACAGUUUGUUCACUAUCAUUUUGCCUUUUUUA